GUCAGGGACACAUAGUCGAGCAUUUUUCGAUCUCUCAAUUGGCAGACGAUUUUAGUUCGGCACAAGUCUUGAAUUAUGCAAGUUCUUGGUCUAUUUUCUAUUAUGCUUGCGGUGGCAACUGCACAAGUUCCUCAAUACCGCAAUCCAAGUUUCCAGAACAGCCACGCACCACUUACACCAGCAGCAUCCAAAGAGAGACCCUACUUAUCCAUUCCCAUAGUGCUUAUGCCUGAUGGACAAAUCGUUCCAAAAGCACAGGCAAGCUAUCAGUACGUUAGCAAUGCACCGGCACAACUGCAACAACAAAAUUCGAAAUAUCGGGGUUCUGUCAUGACUGGAGAAUCAGAAGAAACCUACCAGGUGGUUGUUCCUCCUCCUGCCUCUUUCUCUCAAGAUCAGAAACAGACGAAAACAUUGAAAAAUGGAGGAAAUGGCAGAGUUAUGAUUGCGGCUAAGGAUCAACGCAGCUUCGUCCAGAAUCCUCAACAUAAUCAUCCACCAAAGCACCAUCACCAAAAUGAUCGUUCCCAGUCUGCUUCUUUAGUACAGUUUCAAAAUCAAAGAAAUCCAUCGGGUCAGCAACAUACUGCUUCUAACCAGCAAGUAGGUGAAUCUCAUAAGCAGAAUGUUGCUAAUUUCCUCAACUUGGCUACUCAUUUAGGCACAGAAGCCCUGUCUCAGCACCGUGGAGGGCAAAAGAAUCUUUAUUUCAAUCAACCACAAGUGGCUCAUGCCCAACAUGGUUCACAUGAAAUGCACCAAGUACAAGAAACGUACGUAAUGCAAGUUCCCUCUUCACAGGAUCAUUCAAGUAGUUUUACACACUCUCAUGUUCAACAUUCAGCGCCACAAGCUCAGCAGAUCUCACAGAAGGCUAAUUUUGCUCAACAUAAUGUAUACAAUGCUCCACAUAUGCAAUAUCAACCAACACCAGCUUCUCAACCUGUGCAAUAUAUCCAAACAUCUACCGUCAGGCAACCGAAUCAAGCGGAUGCAGCUCAGGUCGGAAUUCAAAAUCAGGCAACUUUAGCUCAGCAAAGCGUAGGAAGUACGAUCUAUUUUUCGGGAAAUCAAAAUCACCCCUCUCAAGUAACGGGCCAUGAGCAGCUUUCUCAGCAAGCUGGUAACCAAAAAUAUCAGUUAAUACAACAAAGUGCUCAGAAUUUACAGUUAAUUCCUGCUAAAAAUUAUGAAUCACAAACGCAAGCUACGUACGCUCCACAAUCAGUAAUUGAAAUAUCUGGCCAAGCUACUAAUGCACAAGCUAAUCAUCCAAAUUAUGGCAUGGCUGUUCAAAAUGGACAAACAUACGUAGUAGAUGGGCAUCAAAUCAGUUUUGCCAAUGCUGCUCAUGCAUCACCUUCGACAUUCCAAACUCAACAAAACGGUCAUCAGAAUUACCCAAAUUCCCAGCAAGUACCUAAUUCUCAUAUGGAACAAGCCAGAAACCAAAACAUGCACGCUUCUCGCCAGAAUGUUCAAGAGGCAGGACCAAGCUAUUCAGCCGCUGGAAAUCAACAACAGUACAUUGCCUCAGUACAAAAUGGUCAACAACAAAUUAAUCCUCAGCAAUCAAUAAGUCAGUCCUCUACAAAUGCAGCAAGUAAUUCAAAUACUCAUGUAAAUCAAAAUGGACAAAUAACAUACAGAAAUCAGCCCCAGACUUAUGCAGGGCAUAAUGCUCAGUCAUAUGAAACGGGUCCCUACACUUAUGCCAGCACUCAACCAACUUAUUCAUCCUCAACUCAGCCUAGCCAUAUUAAAUAUGCUACUCCAACUUCAGCAAACAGUAACUAUCAGGGAUAUCAGUACGAAUAUGCGGCUCAAAAUCACCAAGAUGAAAGGAAGUUGACUGAACAAGAAACUGCUCCAUCCACUAAUGGGGGACAACUUAUUUACGCCUCCUCGUCAGCCAAACAAAUAAACUAUACUCCAUCAGCUCAAGAUUCUGCAAAAUCACAAAAUAAUCCUGAUCAAUCAUCUGCUUACGUUUCGUUUCCUUCUACAUAUAAGUCAGAAUCAUCUCAAGGCGAAGCAGUGAAUUCUGAAUCAACUUAUGCCAAACAGGCACAAAGCAGCCAUUCAGGUGGAGAACAGCCUCGGACCACGGGUGAAAAUUCCGAAGAUGAAGAUGUAGAAACAAGUUACAAAGUAGUCUACAUUCCUCUGGACAUUCUAAAGAAUAUAUUGAGCAACAGUGUGGAGAAUCAAAGAGUUGAAAAAUCGAGUUAAAGCCGGUCUGCUCGAAGUCAGAGAACAUUUAAAAUAGAGUAUCAGCAGCUGAUAAUUGUUUCUAAGUGUUUUAAUUAGAAGAAUUUCCAGAGAAUUAUUCCUGUCCUCAAAGCACAUCAAGAAAAAUUAUAUUCCUAUUCUCAAAAAAGCAUUACUUUCUCUUGUUGGUGCCAAAGGCAGAUUUGAUAUCCAAAGUUUUUACUAAAGCGCUAAGAAGUACAGAUGCUGGAUUAUCUUGUACAUCAAAUUUUUAUAAGUGCAAUAUGCCAGUGAACUUUGACUUUACGAGUUGAAUUGUGUUGAACAAAUACAAAAAUUUUUAAGAAUUUAUAUGCAUUUCGUCAAU